GUUACAAAAAGUUAAGAAUAUUUUUAAGGUGGUAACAAAAAAUUAAAAAAAAAAUAUUAUAUAUAUAUAUAGCUAUAGAACCCCUCCUAAUUUUACUACAAUUAAAUUGUUAAAAUUUACUAAGUAAGACUAACCAUAAAACAAUUAAACCUAACCAAUAAACCAACAAUGAUAAGCAAAGCACUCACUUCUAAAGGUCAUUUUAUUUAGGGGGGGGGGGCGGCGAACAAUCAUAUUAUUAAAGGGUCAAAGUAACCUUGUGGAAAGAGAUUAAGGAGAUUCUAUUUCCAAUGCAUGUUCCAACUUCUUGCUUGGAGGAAUGCCCUUCCACUUUGCUUCUUGUCUUAUUUUAAUGGAGGGUAAUCUGGUCCAUUCAGAUACAAGGUGAAUAAACUGGAAGAUUAAAGAAAAAGGUGUAGAAAUAGUGAGCAACCACGAGAAUAUUCUAGCAUUAUCUCUCUUGCCAGCAGGCAUGGGUACCUACAUGUGUGCGUAUGUGAAUGCUAUAAAGAUGUUGGACAUCAUAACAACUCUUUUUCUGUACUUUUAUUAUUGUAAUUUUUUUUAAAGGAAUUUUCAGCUUUUACAAUUUAUAGUAUUGCUGCUAUUGCAGAUCAUUCGGAUUUAGAAAAAAAAAAAAAAGGGUUAGAGUCAGACUGUAUUCACUUUUUUUAUAGCAUAAAUCAUAUUUUCGGUAAUUCAAAACAGAAAAAAUGAAAAUCUCUAAAUCUUCACUUUCUUUCUUUCUUUCUAAAUUUAACCCUCCAAUAAUAUGAAAUGAGCUGGUUUUCAGCAAUUCUGAGACAUAUUUAAAGGAAACUGUCUGGAUGGUGGGCUAAAAUGGAGGGAUGCUUCACCAUAUGAGCCUAGAUUUGGGGAAGAUCGAGGCCAGUAGGGAAUUGGGAUCUGCAUUCUCUGUCACUCUCCUCUCAACCCGUCUCUUGUAUAUUUUAUCAAACUUUAAUCUUUCAGAGCCUUUAUAGAAGAAAAAUCCUUCAUCUCUUCUUUCUCCUUUCCUUGCUGCAUUGGUGCUGGAACGCAAGAGGGUUGGAAUGGGUUCUUAAGGUUUUAAACUAGGAGAUCUGGUUUUCUGUAUUGCAACUUCAAAUGGGUUUUCAUGGUUUUCUUGUCUUGGAGUUCUAGGCCAUCUAGGUUUUGAAGAACUGUUGGGUAUUUGAGGUUACAGGGUUCUGGUUCUUGGAUUGGGGAAUAAUUUCUUCUUCUCUGAGUAUAUAAUCCACCUGAGGGAAGAUAUGAGUCCAAGAUUGGAUUUUUCUGAAGUGUGGGCUAAGGAUACUAGGAGAGGAACUCCAGUAGCUGUGACCAUGGAGAACCCGAACUACUCUGUUGUGGAGAUGGAUGGUCCUGAUGUUCCAUUCCAGCCGGUGGACAAGGACAGGGGAAAGAACCUAAAGCAGUUCACUUGGGUUUUGCUCCUCAAGGCUCAUAGAGCAGUUGGCUGGAUCUCUUGGCUUGCAAACCUGCUUUGGGCUCUGCUUGGAACCAUUAACAAAAGGUUGAUCUUUGGUCAAGGAGUAGCCAUGGAGAGUGGUGACAAGUCUAUUAGAGGCAAAAUGCUGUUCAGAUUCAUCCGAAGCUUUUUAAUGGUUUCCUUGGCAGUUCUGGCUUUUGAGGUUGUUGCACACUUCAGGGACGGGCAUUAUUUCCAGAACUCCAAUUUGCAUAUCCCCCGGAAGGCUGAGAUACAGGGGUGGUUCCAUAUGGUUUAUGUUGCCUGGUUGGAAUUCAGAGCCAACUACAUUGCAUCCCCAAUUCAGACCCUCUCCAAUUUCUGUGUCACUCUCUUCGUUAUCCAGUCUUUGGACCGGUUGAUAUUGUGUCUGGGAAUGUUCUGGAUCAAGUUCAAGAGAAUUAAGCCCAGAAUUGAAGGGGAUCCUUUCAAGUCAGAUGAUGUCGAGGGUUCCAGCUAUGACUACCCCAUGGUUCUUGUUCAGAUUCCCAUGUGUAAUGAGAGAGAGGUAUAUGAGCAAUCUAUCUCCGCCGUUUGCCAGCUUGAUUGGCCUAGAGACUGUUUGCUGAUUCAAGUUCUUGAUGACUCUAAUGAUGAGAGUGUCAUGUGCUUAAUCAGUGGGGAGGUGUCUAAGUGGAGCCAACAUGGAAUUAACAUUAUUUAUCACCAUCGCUUGGUUAGAACAGGUUACAAAGCUGGGAAUCUCAAGUCUGCAAUGAGUUGUGAUUAUGUGAAGAAUUACGAGUUCGUCACGAUAUUUGAUGCAGAUUUUCAACCAAACCCAGAUUUCCUUAAGCUCACAGUUCCACAUUUUAAGGGCAAUCCUGAAUUGGGGUUGGUUCAGGCUCGUUGGGCAUUUGUGAACAAGGAUGAGAACUUGUUGACUCGCCUCCAAAACAUUAAUUUGUGUUUCCACUUUGAGGUAGAGCAGCAGGUUAAUGGGGUCUUCUUAAAUUUCUUUGGUUUUAAUGGGACUGCUGGUGUCUGGAGAAUCAAAGCCCUGGAGGAUUCAGGGGGCUGGCUUGAAAGGACAACUGUAGAGGAUAUGGAUAUAGCUGUUCGUGCUCAUCUUAAUGGUUGGAAGUUUAUCUAUCUUAAUGAUGUGAAGGCUCUUUGUGAAGUUCCUGAGUCUUACGAAGCUUAUAGGAAACAGCAACAUAGGUGGCAUUCUGGUCCAAUGCAACUUUUCCGAUUGUGUAUUCCGGCCAUAAUAACUUCGAAGAUAUCAUUCUGGAAGAAAGCAAACUUAAUUCUACUAUUCUUUCUCUUGAGGAAGCUGAUCCUCCCAUUUUAUUCAUUCACAUUGUUUUGCAUUAUUCUUCCUCUAACAAUGUUUGUUCCUGAAGCUGAGCUUCCCCUUUGGGUUAUCUGUUACAUUCCUGUCUUCAUGUCAUUCCUUAAUAUUCUUCCAGCCCCAAAAUCUUUCCCAUUUACCGUCCCUUAUCUCUUGUUCGAGAACACCAUGUCAGUGACCAAAUUCAAUGCUAUGGUAUCGGGAUUGUUCCAGUUGGGGAGUUCAUAUGAGUGGAUUGUCACCAAGAAGGCAGGUAGGUCUUCAGAAUUAGAUCUCCUGGCCAUUGCAGAAAUCGAAUCAAAGACCAUCAAUCAACCACAGAUACACAGAGGAGCUUCUAAGAGUGAACUAUCUGAGUUGAACAAAUUGAAGGAACAGAUAGUAGCACCAUCCCCACCUGCUAAGAAGGUCAACAAAAUCUAUAAGAAAGAGCUAGCCCUUGCUUUCCUCUUACUCACAGCAUCAGUCAGGAGCUUGUUAUCGGCCCAAGGAAUCCACUUCUACUUCCUACUUUUCCAAGGAGUGUCGUUCCUCCUCGUGGGCCUUGAUCUAAUUGGGGAGCAAAUGAGUUGAUAAUUCAAGGGAAAGAAAGGCAAACACAUUAGGCAGAGGAAAAAAGAAGGAACAAAAACAGAAAGACCAAUAUAUGUUUACAACCGUGUGAUACAAAUUGUGGCAGAAGAUCCUUAAUGGCAGUUCAAGAUGCAGAGGAAGUUCAGUCCUAUGCCCUUACAAGCAGUGGGUAAAGGAGGAUUUUCCAAGCCAAUUAAUUAAGUUUUGUCUUUCUUAUUCUGUUUGAAGUGCACAGAUAGAGUUCUUAGCUUCUCUUUCCCCAUUGAUUACUCUUUUUAUUGUCACUUUACAUUUUUUGGGGGCAUUUGUUACAUAUGACAUUCUUCUUCUUUGAUUCAUUUUCAACUCUUGAAGUUGAUGUUAUUUAGGUAGGAGCAGUUUGUUUUCCGUUAAUGCUUGGGUGCGGUUUUCCAUUUCAGAUUCAGCCCAUCAUGUAUUUGAUAUGUCCCAAGCUUGGUGAGGAGCUACUUAGUUUUCUGGUUCUGAAUUUGAAAAUUAUAUUGAGAAAUGUGUAACAACUAUUUGUAUAUUUGCCACGGUUCAAUUAAAGUGAAAAAAAAAAAAAUCUCUCUCUCUC